AUGGAGGGCGAGGCACCAACCGAACGCAAAUCUCGCAAAUCCGUUGCUUUUACCGACGAACAAGUAGUAGUCGACGCUGACGGUUCCGUGACCAUGGUCAACGCUACCGAAGAACCCAAGGACUCGGCUCAGUCCCACACGCCUCGUACGCCGCCGCUUUCUGCCGCCCUUGAGUCCUUUACUGACUCGCAAACGACAGCCACUGAGGAAGUCCCCGCACCUGAGGACGGUGCCCUCGACCUUUCCCUGCUUAAGAAGAAGAAGAAGAAGUCCAAGAAGGUCGACGACGCAGAUGCCGAUGCCGACGCCGAUGCCGACGUAGCUCCUGCCGACGAUGCUACCCCCGCCGAGGAUGGAGGUCUCGACCUGACCCUCAAGAAGAAGAAGAAGAAGGUCAAGGCUCCUAAGGAGGACGACUUCACCAAGCAGCUUGAGAAGCUCGAGCUCAAGGAAGGCGAUGAGGUUGAGGAGGUUCCUCAAGAGCAAGAGGGUGACAUGCAUGAAGGAACCGGUAUCUGGGCCCACGAUGAGACCAAGACCAUUGGCUACAGUAUGCUCCUCGGACGUUUCUUCAACCAACUCACUGAGAGGAACCCCGACCACGUUUCCCCCGGAACAAAGAGCUACAAGAUUCCCCCUCCUCAGUGUAUGCGAGAAGGCAACCGAAAGACUGUCUUCGCCAACAUUGCCGAUAUCUGCAAGCGCAUGAAGAGAACUGAGGAGCACGUCACUGCUUACUUGUUCGCUGAGUUGGGUACCAGUGGUUCCGUAGACGGUAGCCGAAGACUGGUCAUCAAGGGUCGUUUCCAGCAAAAGCAAAUUGAAAACGUCGUCCGAAAAUACAUCAUCGAGUAUGUCACUUGCAAGACCUGCAAAUCUCCUGACACCGAGCUCAACAAGGGUGAGAACCGUCUGUACUUCAUUACCUGCAACAACUGUGGUUCUCGACGAAGUGUUACCGCUAUCAAGACUGGUUUCUCUGCCCAGGUCGGCAAGCGAAGAAAGAUGCAGGGUUAA